CAGAAAACAUCAUAAAUAAACAAAAAUGUCUGAUCCAUGCGACUGUCUAGCAACCAGCAAAUGUCUGUGCGCAGACCCGUGUCCAUCAAGUGGCUGUAAAUGUGGGGGCGGGUGUAAAUGUGGAUCCAGCUGUAAAUGUCCCGGAUGUAAAGUGAAUUGCAACUGUAAUGGAAUCUGUGCUUGCGCAAAGGGAUGCAUUGGACCCCAGUCCUGUAAAUGUACUGACAGUAGCUGUGUCUGCAAAACAUGACUGCCUGGCCAUGUGACAGAAUUCAAUUAUAAAGAACU